AAGAAUUUAUUGUGCUAGAGGCUUAGAGCAUACGCAAACUCCUAAAAGAUAUUAAUAAUAGAUGCAAUUUCUAAUUCCUCCAUUUCAUCUAUGUUCAGUUUUGAGUUUGUAAAAUUGAUGCUACUUUAAAACUGGUGGCGAAUAAAUUUUUGUGAGGGCAGUAUUUGGAGUUGUUGCUUUUCUCUUCUUGAUCCUUUAGUACGUCUUGGCAUAUUGCAUUUGUUGAGUAUGUCUUUCAAUUUUAGUUGAGCAAAGAUUUCUAUUUUGUAAUGUACUGUAAUUUUCAUUGUUCCUUGUCAUUUUGUUGUCUGCUGCUGCUUGUAUAAUUUUUACCUCCCCCUUGCCCCGCGCAAAAACAAAAAAGAAAUCCGCUAUACACUAAGAAUGUUCUGGAUUGCGUUUACAAAGAAGCGUCCAAACCAGCAGAAGCGCACCUGUUAUGCUCAGAGUAGUCAAAUUCGUCAGAUUGGUCGGAAAAUGGUUGAGAUCAUGAGAAACCAAGCAAGUUCAUGUGACCUCAAGGAGUUGGUUGCAAAAUUCAUUCCUGAAUCCAUUGGUAGAGAAAUUGAGAAAUCAAUCUCGAGCAUCUUCCCUCUACAAAAUGUUUAUAUUCGCAAAGUCAAGAUCCUUAUGGCCCCUAAAUUUGAUCUUGGCAAGCUGAUGGAGGUUCACGGAGACUAUUCAGAAGAUUUUGGUGUGAAGUUGGAUAGGCCAUCUGAGGAAACAGUUGCUGAGGGAGAAACUGAGGUUGUUGGAGCUUAGACUUGUUCUUUCUGGAUAUCCCUAAUUUUGUUCGAAUAUGGUUUUGCUCUUCUAGAGUUAGCAUUAUUUUAGUUGAGGUCCACACAUAUCAAGAUGUGACCUAGGACAAUAUUUGAUGCGUUUCUUUGGUUACACGUUUUGUCAUUUACUAUAUGUCUUUCAU